GGAGAGGAGGGGAGGAAGCCGUGGGCGGGGCAGCCCCACCUCGCCCCCCCCCCCCCCCGGCGCCGCAGCAGCAACAGAGCAGAAAGUAACUUUGCCGGGCGCGGGAUGGCAGCGGCGGCGGGGAGAAGCCGGGCGCGCAGGCAGUGAACGCCCGUCGGCGGCGGCGGAGAGCAGAGGCGGGCGGCCCCCGCGGAGGCAGCAGGGCAGAGAGGCAGAGCGCGCCCCCCGCCCGCCCGCCCGCCCGCCCGCCAGCUGGGAGGGCGCCCCGGCGGCCGGCCGUCGGCGGGGCAGGAGCGCACGGCUUGGAGAGGUGCCUGGCGGGGCUGAGCGGCUGCGCUCCGGCGCAGGGAGCAGCCAGCGCGCCCUCGCCGUCCCCGGCGGCCAGCCUUCCCGCCGCCCGCGGGCUCCUGGCUCGGGGCGGAGAGGGGCGCCCCGCCGGCCGCCAUGGAGGGCGCGCACAGCCUGGCCGCCGACGAGGCGCUGCGCCGCUUCGAGGUGCGGGAGAGCUGCGGGCUGAGCGCCGAGCAGGUCCGGCGGCAGCGGGAGAAGUACGGCCCCAACGAGCUCCCGGCUGAAGAGGGGAAGUCUCUGUUGGAGCUGAUCGUGGAGCAGUUUGAAGAUCUUCUCGUACGGAUUUUGCUCUUGGCUGCCUUAGUUUCCUUUAUCUUAGCCUGGUUUGAGGAAGGUGACGAAACCACCACGGCCUUUGUGGAGCCUGUCGUCAUCAUCAUGAUCCUCAUCGCCAACGCGGUGGUGGGCGUGUGGCAGGAAAGGAACGCCGAGAGCGCCAUCGAAGCCUUAAAGGAAUACGAGCCAGAAAUGGGGAAGGUGAUCCGAUCCGACCGGAGCGGAGUCCAACGGAUCCGAGCUCGAGACAUCGUCCCUGGAGAUAUUGUGGAAGUGGCAGUUGGUGACAAAGUACCCGCUGACAUCCGGAUCAUUGAAAUCAAGUCCACGACGUUACGGGUAGACCAGUCAAUUCUCACCGGCGAAUCUCUGUCGGUCAUUAAACACACAGACCCCGUUCCCGACCCCCGGGCCGUCAACCAGGAUAAAAAGAACAUGCUCUUUUCGGGCACCAACAUUGCUGCCGGCAAAGCGGUGGGCGUCGUCAUCGCCACGGGGGUCUACACGGAGAUCGGGAAGAUCCGGAACCAGAUGGUGGCCACCGAGCCCGAGAAGACCCCGCUGCAGCAGAAGCUGGACGAGUUCAGCCAGCAGCUCUCCAAGGUCAUCUCCCUGGUCUGCGUGGCGGUCUGGGUGAUCAACAUCAGCCACUUCAGCGACCCGGUCCACGGCGGCUCGUGGUUCCGUGGCGCCAUCUACUACUUCAAGAUCGCCGUGGCCUUGGCGGUGGCCGCCAUCCCCGAGGGGCUGCCGGCGGUCAUCACCACGUGCCUGGCGCUGGGCACCCGCCGGAUGGCCAAGAAGAACGCCAUCGUGAGGAGCCUCCCGUCCGUGGAGACCCUGGGCUGCACUUCCGUGAUCUGCUCAGACAAGACGGGCACCCUGACCACCAACCAGAUGUCCGUCUGCAGGAUGUUCAUUGUGGAGAAGAUUGAGGGGAUUCACAGCAGCCUUCAUGAGUUCAUGAUCACUGGGACGACGUACACCCCAGAGGGAGAAGUCCUGAAAAAUGACAGCCCUGUUCAGUGCGGGAAAUAUGAUGGUCUGGUGGAAUUGGCCACGAUUUGCGCCCUCUGCAAUGAUUCCUCGCUGGAUUACAAUGAGUCUAAGAAAGUCUACGAGAAAGUCGGGGAGGCGACGGAGACGGCCCUGACGUGCCUGGUGGAGAAGAUGAAUGUUUUCGACACGGACACCAGCGUCCUCUCCAAGGUGGAAAGAGCCAAUGCCUGCAACACAGUGAUUAAGCAGCUCAUGAAGAAGGAAUGUACCCUGGAGUUCUCCCGCGACCGCAAGUCCAUGUCGGUGUACUGUGCGCCCGUCACACCCAGUCACAACUCCUCCAGUGGCAAACUCUUCGUCAAGGGCGCCCCGGAGAGUGUCAUUGAGCGCUGCAACUACGUCCGCAUCGGCAACCACCGGGUCACCUUGACCCACUCCGCCAAGGAGAAGAUCCUCUCCAAGAUCCGGGAGUGGGGCACGGGCAUCGACACCCUGCGCUGCCUGGCCUUGGCCACUCGGGACCACCCCCCGCGGAAAGAGGACAUGCGCCUGGACGACGCCAGCCAGUUUGUCAUCUACGAGACGAACCUCACCUUUGUUGGCUGCGUGGGGAUGCUGGACCCGCCCCGGAAGGAAGUGAUGUCGUCCAUCGAGAUGUGUAAGAACGCCGGGAUCCGGGUCAUCAUGAUAACGGGAGACAACAAGGGGACGGCCGUAGCGAUCUGCCGAAGGAUCGGGAUCUUCUCGGAGAGCGAGGAGGUGACAGGCAAAGCCUACACGGGGAGAGAAUUCGACGAUCUCACGCCGGAGGCUCAGCGCGAGGCCUGCCGCUCGGCCCGCUGCUUCGCCCGGGUGGAGCCCGCCCACAAGUCCAAGAUCGUUGAAUACCUGCAGUCGUUCAAUGAGAUCACAGCGAUGACCGGCGACGGUGUGAACGACGCCCCGGCCUUGAAGAAAGCCGAGAUCGGCAUCGCCAUGGGCUCCGGCACCGCCGUAGCGAAGUCGGCUGCGGAAAUGGUCCUGUCCGACGACAACUUCUCCACCAUCGUGGCCGCCGUGGAGGAGGGCCGGGCCAUCUACAACAACAUGAAGCAGUUCAUCCGCUACCUGAUCUCCUCCAACGUCGGGGAGGUCGUCUGUAUCUUCCUAACGGCCAUCCUGGGCCUCCCUGAAGCUCUGAUCCCAGUCCAGCUGCUUUGGGUGAACCUGGUGACCGACGGCCUGCCGGCCACGGCCCUCGGCUUCAACCCCCCCGAUCUCGACAUCAUGGACAAACUUCCUCGGAAUCCACGAGAGCCUCUCAUCAGUGGUUGGCUCUUUUUCCGCUACCUGGCCAUUGGAGUGUAUGUCGGCCUGGCCACCGUGGGAGCAGCAACCUGGUGGUUUCUGUAUGACGCGGAGGGGCCUCAGGUUACUUUCCAGCAGCUGAGAAACUUCAUGAGAUGCACAGAAGACAACCCCAUCUUUGAAGGCGUCGAGUGCGAAAUCUUUGAGUCCCGCUACCCAACCACCAUGGCCCUCUCCGUGCUGGUGACCAUUGAGAUGUGCAAUGCCCUCAACAGUGUGUCCGAAAACCAGUCGCUACUGAGGAUGCCCCCCUGGCUUAACCUCUGGCUCUUGGGGGCCAUUGUCGUGUCGAUGGCAUUGCACUUCCUGAUUCUCUAUGUGAAGCCGUUGCCUCUGAUAUUCCAAGUGACACCUCUCAGCUGGCCUCAAUGGGUGGUUGUGCUGAAGAUCUCCCUGCCCGUCAUAUUGCUGGACGAAUUGCUGAAGUAUCUCUCCCGCAACCAUUUAGACGGCAAAGAGGCCAAGAAAUGAAUGACACCCAGGAAACACAGCAAAGCGAACCCUAAACUUUCCACUGGGACUGAAGUAUUUGCAUGCUUGAACAUUGCCAGAAGACAGCGAGGAUUUUGCAUGUUUUUUGAAGUCUCGGACUCGAUGCGGGUGAAUCGUCAAAAGAAACGAAAAACGGAUCUCUUCUUUUGUUUUUGUUUUUUUACGCCUGUUAGGUUGUGUCUCCUUUUUUCUGUAUAUAAUGGAGCAAAUACUGGACAUCUGAAUUAUGGGUUUUGGGGUGUGUGUGUGUGUGCAGGGUGGGGGCGUGGGAACUUGCUCUGGAAUGGCAGCAGGGUAGCCCAGAUUUUAGAAGAUCUGCUUCUGAAGAUUUCAUUGCUCUUUUUCCUGUCUUCUUCUCUCCUCGUUUUUCCUCCUUCAAUAAUAACUGAUCCCCACCCCGUCUUGAGAAAACAGCUUGGCUGGUUUCAAGGUGCGAUGUAGUCGCCCCCCCAUCAGACACUCUUAUCUGUCACAGGGAAAAAAGUAGGAGAGUUCCUUGAUUGAAUAAUGCCUGAACUGGAUCCUUCUACAGAGGUCAGGGAAUGUCCCGUGACCUCUUCGGCCCUAUCACUGUCCAAGAGGCCUCUUGGUUGGAUAGAUCCAGCUGUCAUUCCCUCCUACGGGGCAGACCUUGGAGAUCCGAUCUCCCACCAGUUUGGAGGUUCAAGAGCUGCUUUUCUUCCUCUGGAGUUUGGAACAAGAUGGCGGCACUUUAGCCAUAGCCCUCCUCGAUUAGCACUCCUGGGCAGAGAAAUCUGUCACUAUCCCACCGUUAUUUAAGCCAACCUGACUUCAUUCCCGGUGGAGUUCCCCCGGCUCCCUCCCAGAGUCUUUCAGAGUACUCACCAUCAUUCUGGGGGCAGGAUUUGGGGGACAAAAUGGUCACUCCCACUACCAGUGGAUUGACACCAUCCGGCAGGUGCUCCGAUGAAGAGCAUCUGCUUUGCAUGCAGAAGAUCUCCGGUUCAGUCCUUGGGAUUGAACCGGAUUGAAAAAGACCUUAGUAGGUCUUUUUCAAGUAGGAUUGAAAAAGACCUUAGGAAGGGGCCAGCCGUCAAAGCAGGCAGGGACCAAAGGUCUGACUCAGGAUGCGUCCGCUUCCUACGUUCGUUCCGAGUUGCACGUUCUCAUCUGGGAACUUCCGACUCGCCCUUUGGGCACAAUCCCCCGAGAAGCCUGACCCCGUUUCCACCCCUUUCUGUCUAGGAAUCCUGGAAAACUGUAGUCUUGAGAAGAAGAUGCAAGAAGAAUUUCUCUGUGUGUCGUGCAUCUGCAAUGCCUAGGACUUGGGGGUGUGUGUGCAUUAUGUGUUGGUUUGUUUUUAAUGGGAGAUGCUAUGACAGUGGAAAUGGAUUUUGAUCCAGUUUGAAGGGGUAGCAUAGAUGCUCUUGCCCUAGGGAAUAAAUGCUCUCGCCAGCGUACACACACACACACACACACACCCCGCACGUCACGGCAUUGCCUGAUCCUCUCAGGGAUGUCCCUCUGGCACGGCAGUUCUGCAAGCGGUUGAUGCCUUUUGUAUAUUUCCUUUUGCACAAGGCGUUUGCUAAAAGUUUGGCGCCAGUCUGUCCGGCAGAGGGAUUGGGGUGUGGUGUCUCGGGUGAAGGAUCUCAAUCCUGGCACCUUGCCGUGAAGCUCCGCUAGGGUUAUCGAGGUGCAUUUCCGAGUCCCCCGGAAAAGUUUUAGCUUUUGAGUGGGCAUUGUUAACCAAAAAGGAGAUUCAGUGGAGAGUUGGGGCGAGUAUAUCUAGACCCGAAAUGCAUCCGGAAAGUGCAUUUUUUCUGAGGCUGAACGAGGGCUGAGCUGCGUGUUCAGUCAACAAAGCUUUCCCUUCAUUCUGGGAAAAGCGAUACUAAUAUUCUCACCUGUGAGGUUGCCAUUAAAGACAGAAGUCCUACCAGAAAACCUGGCAA